AUGGUAUAUUUUUUCACAUCACAGCCAGAUCCAUCAAUUGAACCUCAUUAUAUUAUUACAGGUAAAGACAAAUUUGAAAAUGAUUUACUAAUAAAAUAUUCAUUUAAAGAUUUAUCUUAUAUUUGGUUUCAUGCUGAUAAUUAUUCAAGUGGCCAUAUAUAUUUAAGAUUAUUACCAAAUGAAAAAUCAAUCAAUGACGUUCCACAAGAAAUACUAUUGGAUUGCUUACAAAUAUGUAAAUCAAGUUCAAUUCAAGGUAAUAAGUUACCUACUUGCAAUAUAAUAAUUACACCUUGGACUAAUUUGAGGAAAAGUGGCUAUAUGAAACCAGGUGAAGUUAGUUUUAAAUCCACGAGAUUUUUAACAAAAAAACAAUGUUUUCAAAGGGAUAAUAAACUUUUGAACCGUCUAGAAAAGACAAGGAUAGAAUUAUGUAACGAUGUGGAAAUAAUGCUUCAUACUGCUAAGAAGGAGAAGAAUACAGAAUAUAUCCAAAAUUAUAUCCUGCAGAAUAAAGACCAAUUAAUUGAAGAGGAAAGACAAAGAAAGAGAGAUAAAAAAUCGAAAAAGAAAAACCAAAAAUUAGCAGAUGAUUUUCAAUCAAUAGAUAAUGAAGAUGGUUUAUUGUAA